AAACCUCAAAAUCAGCCAAACAGCCCCUCUGAACUUCGUCUUCUCCAUAAACACAAUUUCCCAAUUCACCAUUAGAAGGAAAAAAGCACCAAUAAAUUCAACAAUGGGAACGUUAACGAGCUGUAGUUUCAGUACAAUGAACUUACGGUUUCGUAUGAAUCCUCCGAUUAGUUGUAAUUUCAGUCGGAGAAUCCAAAUGAAGAGAAUGUCAAAACGGAGUUUCGGUAGAUUGAUUAUUAGUUGUAGUAGUAGUGGUGGUGGUGGUGGUGGAAGUAGUAGUAAUGAUAAUGGAAGUAGUAAUGAUGGGAAGCUGGAAAAGGAUUCUUCUAAUUUAGCUACUGUAACUGAAGAGACGGCGGAAGAAAGGAACGGAGGUGGUGAGGCAAGUGAUUCGGAGGAUUCUUCGGUGUCAAUUUCAUCCAGGCCAACAAUAUCCACUGUUGGAUCAACUUAUAACAAUUUCCAAGUAGAUUCUUUUAAGUUGAUGGAACUUCUUGGACCCGAAAAGGUUGAUCCCAGUGAUGUGAAGAUCAUUAAGGAGAAGUUAUUUGGCUACUCUACUUUUUGGGUGACUAAAGAAGAACCAUUUGGAGAUUUUGGAGAGGGCAUUCUUUUCCUUGGGAAUCUUAGAGGAAAGAGCGAGGAUGUUUUCGCCAAACUUCAGAGUCAGUUAUCAGAAGUUAUGGGUGAUAAGUACAACCUAUUCAUGGUGGAGGAACCUAAUUCAGAGGGGCCAGACCCACGUGGUGGGCCCAGAGUCAGCUUUGGUAUGCUGCGUAAAGAAGUUUCUGAACCAGGUCCAACAUCUCUCUGGCAAUAUGUUAUUGCUUUUCUGUUGUUCCUUCUCACUAUUGGUUCCUCUGUGGAGCUAGGAAUUGCGUCUCAGAUAACUCGCCUUCCUCCUGAGGUAGUUAAGUACUUUACGGACCCAAAUGCAAUUGAACCACCAGAUAUGCAGCUCUUGGUACCAUUUGUGGAUUCUGCUUUACCACUGGCAUAUGGUGUGUUGGGUGUCCAGUUAUUUCAUGAAAUCGGGCAUUUUCUGGCUGCAUUUCCAAGGAAUGUGAAACUAAGCAUUCCUUACUUCAUUCCAAACAUCACUCUUGGAAGCUUUGGAGCAAUAACUCAGUUCAAAUCCAUUCUUCCUGAUCGCAAAGCAAAGGUUGACAUUUCUCUUGCGGGUCCUUUUGCUGGUGCUGCAUUGUCUUCUUCCAUGUUUGCAGUUGGCCUGUUACUGUCAUCCAAUCCUGCUGCUGCGGCAGAGUUGAUUCAGGUUCCUAGCACACUUUUUCAGGGCUCUUUGCUUCUUGGGCUUAUUAGCAGAGCCACUCUUGGUUAUGGAGCAAUGCAUGGAGCAAUGGUUUCAAUCCACCCCCUUGUGAUUGCUGGCUGGUGUGGCUUGACUACGUCAGCUUUUAAUAUGCUACCAGUUGGAUGUCUUGAUGGUGGGAGAGCUGUGCAGGGAGCCUUCGGAAAAGGUUCACUGGUUGGUUUUGGGUUGGCAACAUACUCACUCCUGGGCUUGGGUGUGCUUGGUGGACCUCUGUCACUUCCUUGGGGAUUAUAUGUGCUUAUAUGUCAGAGGUCACCAGAGAAACCAUGCUUGAACGAUGUAACAGAGGUCGGAACUUGGAGGAAAGCAGCUCUUGGUGUGGCUAUAUUCCUGGUAUUACUGACUCUCCUUCCUGUAUGGGAUGAACUUGCAGAGGAACUUGGUAUAGGUCUUGUAACCACCUUUUGAUUUUUAGAGAGUGGAACCUUGCCAAUUUUUUAUGUCGCCGCGAUCUCUAGGAAGUAUUUAUAUUGAUCUUUGAUGUACUUAGUGUACUAUUUAUACAUGUAUAUAGAUCACUAUAGUGAGUUUUUUUUGGCUGGAAACACCAUUUUUUAUCUGCAUUUUUGUUCUUAUUUUUAAUGAAAUCUAAUUCCAUUGUC